GAUGUGGCUUCUUAUUUGCCAGCCGCUCCAGCGUUCUUCUGCCAGGGAUCCGGGUUGACUCCGGAUUGUGGCCACAGAAGCGGUGGCGUCGCUCCGCUGGCAGGUGGCCUGACCGCUGUGUUCACCAGGUACAUAAAAAAGGAUCGUUCACCGACACCAGUAAACUGAUAACUUUUCAAUUUGUCAUUCGGGAGAUGAUUAUUUGAGAGACCAUCCGAUCACAACAGUCCCUGGCAUCGCCAGUGCGUCUUACAACAUGGAGUUACAGCUGUUCCUUUCCUGCAGCAUCACAAAGCCCAACGGGCUUCGUUUUACCGUCAGGGAGUAAUUCCAGACCGGCCUUGAUGAAAAGGAGAGGGCCAAUUGUCAUCUUCAGCCUCUGGAACUGUGCAGCAGCGAUAGAGGCCUUCAUUUUCUUUCUCCUUGAAUUGAGCCCAGGAACUACAGCGUAUGUUUUAAAUAGAAAGUGAGCAUGGUAGGUUCCUGAGUGUACAGCGUUGCAGCCAAGAACUGAGAAGUGAAGGAUGGCAUCCCGAGAGAGACUGUAUGAAUUAUGGAUGCUCUAUUGCAACAAGAAAGAUCCAGACUACUUGAAACUCUGGUUGGACAGCUUUGUGUCAAGUUACGAACAGUUUCUGGAUGUGGACUUUGAGAAACUGCCCACUAGGGUGGACGAUGUGCCCCCUGGGAUCUCUCUGCUUCCUGAUAACAUUCUUCAGGUCUUGAGACUCCAGCUGCUCCAUUGUGUCCAGAAACUGUCAGAAGGAUUGGAAGAACCCCAGCAAGCUGUAUCACUUCUUCUUGUCAAGUUCUUCAUUAUCCUUUGCCGAAACUUGGCUAACGUGGAAGAGAUAGGGACCUGUUCCUACAUUAAUCAUGUGAUUACGAUGACCACUCUCUAUAUUCAGCAGUUGAAAAGCAAAACAAAAGAGAAAGAACUGGCCGAUCAGACGCCCGUUGAAGAGUUUGUGAGACACGCUCUGACUUUUUGUGAAAGUCUCUACGAUCCGUAUCGAAAUUGGAGGCAGCGAAUUGCAGGGCGAAUUCUGAGCACUGUUGAAAAAAGCAGACAAAAAUAUAAACCUGCUUCCCUCACUGUGGAGUUUGUCCCUUUCUUUUACCAGUGUUUUCAAGAAAGUGAGCAUCUGAAAGAAAGCUUGAAAUGUUGCCUACUACAUCUCUUUGGAGCGAUUAUAGCUGGCGGGCAGAGAAAUGCCCUUCAAGCGAUAUCUCCUGCCACCAUGGAAGUCCUGAUGCGGGUGUUAGCAGACUGUGACAUGUGGGGCAACAGAGACCCGGACGAAGUGAGCCGGAAGGCGGAGCUGACUCUGAAGUGCCUGACGGAAGUGGUGCAUAUUCUUCUGACCAGCAGCUCUGAUCAGCGGCAAGUGGAAACCAGCACCAUCCUGGAGAACUACUUCAAGCUGCUCAACUCUGACCACGCUGCUUUGCCUAAUUCGAGGCGGUCCAGGCAGUGGGAGAGCAGGUUCAUAGCACUACAGAUUCAGAUGCUGAAUACCAUCACCGCCAUGUUAGAUUGUGUGGACCGGCCGGUUCUGCAAGCCAUUUUCCUUAACAGUAACUGCUUUGAACAUCUCAUCCGGCUGCUGCAAAACUGCAAGCUCUUUUUAUGUGCUAACAAUAAGGUGGUACACAAGAAUGAGAAAGAACUUGCCAACCAGUUACUGACAGAAAUGAAUCAGGAACAGGUGUUUGAGGGGCAACUUGACCGCUUGGCGGUCUCUGCCAUACAAGCUCUUACAGCAGUGAUGCUCAAAUCUCCAGCUGCUAAGGAAGUGUUUAAGGAACGUAUCGGUUAUGCUCAUAUAUUUGAAGUCCUCAAAUCCAUGGGUCAGCCUUCACGGGAAUUGCUUGAAGAGCUUAUGAAUAUGGCUGUUGAAGGUGACCACACAUCAGUUGGCAUCUUGGGCAUAAGUAAUGUCCACCCGUUGUUGUUGCUGAUCCAGUGGCUUCCGGAACUAGAGUCGCCCGACCUUCAGGUCUUCGUCUCGAACUGGCUGAAGCGAAUCUGCUGCAUCAACAGGCAGAGCCGUGCCACGUGCGUCAAUAUGAGCAUGGUCACUCGCAUCAUCGAGACACUCAACGGGCACUCUUUGCUACAUGGGACAUGCGCCGAGAACUUGAUAGCCCUCUUGGGGUCCUUGGGAAGUCAGUCCAUGAGCUCGGAAGAACUGCACCAGCUCAUCAUGCUGUUGAGGACUACAGACCCGAAAAAGGCUCACCCUUAUGUUGUGCCUGUCAUGCGUGCAAUCCUCACAAUGGCCCGAAAACAAGGACUGGACAACGCCUUGCAGUAUUUUGACCUCUCCCACAGCAUGGCGGGCAUUGCAGUGCCAUCUAUCCAGAGGUGGCCGGGCUCUGCAUUUUCCUUCAGUGCUUGGCUAUGCCUGGACCAAGACCAAGUGAGUCCCAGUGCCAAUAGCAAGGGUGGCAAGAGGAAACAACUUUACAGCUUUUUUACAGCAAGCGGGAUGGGCUUUGAAGCAUUCAUUACCUGCACUGGAACGCUGGUGGUUGCUGUGUGUACAAAGAAGGAAUAUGCUACUGUGAUGCUCUCAGAUCACUGCUUCUGCGAUUCUCUCUGGCACCAUAUAAGCAUUGUUCAUAUGCCUGGGAAAAGGCCCUUUGGGCAAAGCCUUGUCUACAUUUAUGUGAAUGGGCAGCUGAAGAUCUCUGCACCGCUCAGAUUUCCUGCCAUGAAUGAACCUUUUGUUUCUUGUGGCAUUGGUUCUGCUGGCCAAAGGACGACGACUCCUCCACCAUCCCAGAUUCCAGACCCACCUUUUGCUUCACCUGUAAUACCUCAUCGGACAUCCUUGGGUGGAAUUCUCUCUGCGGGUAGCUGGGGUGGGCUGCUGGGGAAACCGGAACUGGUCACUAAGCUGAUUUCGGCCGGAACUCAAGACUGUGAAUGGGGAUGCCCCACCUCUUUAGAAGGCCAACUUGGAUCUGUGAUCAUUUUUCAUGAAGCCCUGCAGCCUUCUCAUGUGAAAGCAUUAUACCUGGCAGGUCCCAACUGCUUAACUCCAUGGAAAUCCCAGGAGGCUGAGAUGGUAGAUUGGUCUAGCAAAGUUCUCCUUCACUAUGCUCCAAAGGCUUGCAGAAGCCCGAUAUGUCUUGACCUUUCCCCAAAUCUUUUCCAUGGAAGGCUAACCGGGAACAAAGUUGUGAACUGGGACAUCAAGGAUAUGAUCAAUUGUGUAGGUGGAUUAAACGUGCUGUUCCCACUGCUAGAGCAGAUCAGCCUCCUUGGUGACCAGGUGCCUCAGAGGACAGACGGGCAGUCUCUGCCUCCCGAACUGGCAACGCCAGUGGAAGGAGACUGGGUGGUGUUAUCCUCCACCAAGGCUUCAGAGGCUCGCUUGGAGAAGAACAUAGUUGCGACUUUCAUUUUGGUAAUCAAACACUUCAUUCAAAGGCAUCCGAUCAACCAGGAAAACCUCGUUCACACGCACGGAGUCGCCACCUUAGGAGCUCUAUUGCAAAAUGUGCCAAGCAGCUUCAUGGAUGUGAAUGUCCUGAUGGCCAUCCAGUUACUUAUAGAACAGGGCUCGGUGGCCAAAAACACACAACUUCUGCAGCAGAUGUAUCAGUAUCUACUUUUUGACUUCAGUAUCUGGAACCGUGGAGACUUCCCAUUUAGAAUUGGGCACAUCCAGUAUCUUUCUACAAUCGUCAAAGACAGCAGAAGGCUCUUCCGGAAAAAAUACGGGGUGCAGUUUUUAUUGGAUACUUUAAGGUUUUAUUAUGGAAGUGGCUAUAAAGACAGUGAAUUGACUCUGGAUGACCUCAGAACAAUCAGAACAUCUCUCUGUGGACUAAUUAAAUAUUUCUUAAGUAAAGGAGGCACACAUAACGAAGUGCAGAGCAUCAUGGGAUACAUAGCAGCCAUCAACAACGAGGAGCAGCUCUGUGGGAUCUUGGAGGUGCUCUUCAGCCUGCUUCACACCAGCCCAACCCGAGACCAACUUUUCUUGCUGCUUUUCGAACCAGGAAAUGCAGACAUUCUUUACGCUCUGUUGCUGAAUCACAGGUACUCUGACAGACUGAGGGAGCUUGUUUUCAAGAUCAUGGAACAGAUGCUGAAAUGCACCAAGGUUUAUGAGCGGAGCAAACAACGCAUGAAACUCCGAGAAGUUGGGUAUUCUGGGCUGGGCCUGCUCUUGAAUGACACACCGGUGACCACAUCUCUUAUUAAGAGCCUCCUCAAUCAAGUUCUGCACGCAGAUCCAGUGGUGAAUUACCGGGACUUCAUGGCCGUGGUUCAUUUGGCUCAUAAAGCAGAUAUAAACGUCAGAGUGGCUAUCUGUCAAAAGCUUUUGCAGAUUCUCCACUCCCAGCAGGAUUCGGCACAACAGAUUUCUCAGCAACUUGGCUGGCAGGAGACACUGACGAGGCUCUUCUUGAAAGAAAAUGCUGACAUCAGGAAUGGCCUGAGGGAAAGUAGAAGCGACUCUUGUAAAGAAGAUGAAAAGAGAGCCUCUCUCAAAGAAUUCCAGAAACGCCAUGCUUCGAAGGCCGACCAAGAGGACGCCGCCAGUUUUGCAUCCGUCAACGGCUUGUGUGAUCAGUGGAGUUUAGAAGACAGCAAGCCGGUCGCGGUGUUUGGAGACAGCUCCGUGGCCGAGAUGUCAUUCAGGCCCGAGGACCCAGAGGAGUUAUGGCCAAAGAACCCUUCACACCUGAGCUUAGACCUGUCAAGUGUUGACUCUUACGAACUGGGAGAUGCUGGAAACCAAACAGUCGAUAGCCCGCCCAGCACACCUUCUCCCAGCGAGACUACAAAGCCAUUCUCUGGACAGCUUGACCGAGAACCGAAUGUGCCCACGGAGGCUGCAUCCGCUGCUGAUCUUUCAUUAUUUGAAAUUAGCGAGGCCUGUGAAGAAGAUCUCGUACAGCUGCUGUCUGAUGUCCUGCUCUGUUUGAUGUGGAAAGGUGUGGAAAAGUCCGAUGACGCUGCCUGGAUUGAGAGGGGGCAGGUUUUUUCCGCUCUCACCAAGUUGGGGAUAUCCAAUGAACUGUUGCGCCCAUCGGAUGAAAUAAAACUCAAUUUACUUGAGAAGAUGCUGGAGUGGGCCGUGACGGACAGCCGAGACGCCAAAUCCCUCCCGGUGUAUGCAGAAAAUGCCUUCCGGCUCCUGCUUAUUGUGCAAGAUUUUCUCCAAGCUGAAGGGCUGGUGAAUUCAAACCUGUGGACAGAAAAGCUCUUGGAAGAGCUGGUAACCUUGAUGGACACUUUGUCAGUCUGGUAUUCAUCCAGCCCAGAGUGUGUGAAACUCUACCAAGUGCAGGUCCAGAUGCUCCUUGGCUUCAUUGGGCAGGAUAACCUACAGGUCUGUGCGAUGGCUGCUGCCAAGCUGAAUACUCUUCUUCAGACCAAAGUGCUCGACCACCAAGCAGAGUCUUGCUACCUCCUGGGCCGGCUGGAAGGCAUUCUGAGUCGGUCGAUCCGAGAAAAGACGGAAACCUAUUCUUUUUUGAUUCCGCUCGUCCGAACGCUCAUUUCCAAAAUAUACGAACUCCUCUUCAUGAAUUUGCACUUGCCUUCCUUGCCAUCUACAAAUGGAAGCCCCUCGUUUUUUGAGGAUUUCCAGGACUACUGCAGCACUGAAGAGUGGAAGGUUUAUAUUGAUAAAUAUAUUAUUCCAAAUAUGAAGCAGUACGAAGUCAGUAUUUUCAGCGAUGGCCAUGAACACAUGGCAGUAUAUUGGAAGGACUGUUAUGAGGCGUUGAUGGUGAACAUCCAUAGGCGGGAGCGGGAGCGAGGAGAAAGCAAGCUGAAAUUUCAGGAGUUCUUUGUGGAGCCGUUUAACCGGAGGUCUCGGCAGGAAAACAUGCGUUACAACAGCGUGGUGAAACAACUGAACAAUCAGCACACAGCUACUCAGAGACAGUGGAGAACUGCGAAACUCUACCUUGCUUGUGAACAGGGCCCCUGGGCUGAAAGGAAACGGAUCCCAAUUCACUGGAAGCUUUCAAAUGUGGAGAACUACUCACGGAUGAGGCUUAAAUUAGUGCAGAAUUACAGUUUCAGCUCUCACCAGGACGCCAGUGCCCUUAGAGACAAUCUAGGAGUGCAGCAGGCCGAGCCCGCAAGUGAGGCUCUUCUCCUGGAGGCGGUGAAACAAGUGAAGGUCAAUGAUGUGGAGGAGGACGUGCUCGAACUGCCGGACGAAGAUGCAGCGCCAAGCGCAAACACAGACGAGAAAGACGAACAGAGCCAGAAAGAAAAGCUUGUGCUGUCGGAAGACUGUGAACUCAUUACUAUAAUCAACGUGAUACCUGGGAGACUGGAGGUAACCAACCAGCACAUUUAUUUCUAUGACGGCAGCACCGAGAAGGAAGAAGGUGUUGGUUUUGAUUUCAAAUGGCCCCUUUCUCAAAUUCGAGAGGUUCACUUGCGUCGCUACAACUUGAGAAGGUCGGCCUUGGAGAUAUUCUUUAUUGAUCAGACUAACUACUUCCUUAACUUUAAAAAGGAGGCAAGAAACAAAGUAUAUAGCCGAAUUCUGUCUCUUUGCUCUCCGAAUAUUAGUGGGACCCGAUCUCCACAAGAAUUAUUUAAAGCCUCAGGACUUACCCAGAAAUGGGUGAACAGAGAGAUAUCAAACUUCGACUACCUCAUUCAACUUAAUACCAUGGCAGGACGGACCUAUAACGACCUCGCGCAAUAUCCUGUGUUUCCAUGGAUCCUACGGGAUUAUACAUCUGAGGAACUGGAUCUGAAUAAUCCUGCUGUGUUCAGGGAGCUGUCCAAGCCCAUUGGGGUGGUAAAUGAAAGGAAUCGCAAAGCUGUUCAGGAAAGAUAUGAGAAUUUUGAAGAUCCCCUGGGAAACGUUGAUAAGUUUCAUUAUGGCACUCACUACUCAAAUGCUGCUGGAGUCAUGCAUUACCUCAUUCGGAUAGAACCUUUUACCUCCCUGCACAUUCAGCUUCAGAGUGGCAGAUUUGACUGUGCCGAUCGGCAGUUCCAUUCCAUUCCGGCUACCUGGCAGGCCCUCAUGGAUAAUCCAAAUGAUGUCAAGGAACUGAUCCCGGAGUUCUUCUACUUCCCAGAGUUCCUGGAGAAUCAAAACAAUUUUAACUUGGGUCAACUCCAGAUCUCAAAAGAAGUGGUGGGUGAUGUUCUCCUCCCAAAAUGGGCUCAGUCGCCAGAGGACUUCAUUUAUAAGCACAGGAAGGCUUUGGAGUCCGAAUAUGUGUCUUCUCACCUUCACAAGUGGAUAGAUCUGAUUUUUGGCUACAAACAGAGAGGGCCGGCUGCAGUGGAGGCUCUCAAUGUCUUCUACUACUGUACUUAUGAAGGAGCUGUGGAUUUGGAUGCCUUGACUGAUGAGAAAGAACGAAAAGCCAUAGAAGGAAUGAUUAACAACUUUGGCCAAACACCUUGUCAGCUGCUGAAGGAGCCUCACCCUGCGAGACUGUCCGCCGAGGAAGUGGUCCAGAAGCAGAGCAGAAGUGACACUUCCACCCUUAACCUCUUCCAGCAUCUCCCUGAGCUGAAGUCCUUCUUCAUUGAGGGAAUCAGUGAUGACGUGCCCAUUGUGAAGGCUGUGGUCCCCAGAAACCAGUCUCGUUCUUUCAUGUCUCAGGGAAGCCCAGAGUACUUGGUAACACUAAGUAUGAAUUGCCUUAUUGGAACCCAUGGGUGGCUACCUUACGACAGGACUAUCUCCAACUAUUUCACUUUCAUCAGAGAUCAAACUGUGACAAAUCCCAAGACGCAGCGAACCAUAAGUGGGCCGUUCGCACCAGGUCUGGAGAUCACGCCCAAGCUUUUCGUUGUGUCCCAUGAUGCCAAGCUCCUUUUUAGCGGAGGACAUUGGGACAAUAGCAUCAGAGUGGCAUCGCUUGCCAAGGGAAAAUUGAUCGCACUGCAUAUCAGGCAUAUGGAUAUUGUGACGUGCUUAGCUAUGGAUUUCUGUGGGAUCCAUUUAAUUUCUGGCUCAAGGGAUGCCACUUGUAUGAUCUGGCAAAUAGUUCAGCAGGGAGGAGUUCCUGUAGGUUUGGUUCCUAAGCCAUUACAAAUUCUAUACGGACAUACCAAUGAAGUCUCUUGUGUUGGCAUCAGUACAGAGCUGGACAUGGCGGUCUCAGGGGCCAGGGAUGGAACUGUGAUCGUUCACUCUGUCCGGAAAGGUCAGUACAUGAGGACUCUGAGGCCGCCCUGUGAGAGUUCCCUCUUGCUCACUGUUCCAAACCUGGCUGUAUCCUGGGAAGGACACAUCGUUGUCCAUACCAGUAUAGAAGGAAAGACGACGCUAAAGGAUAAGAAUACACUACAUCUCUAUUCUGUGAAUGGGAAAUAUUUGGGCUCUGAGAGCCUGAAAGAAGAAGUCUCAGAUCUCUGUGUGACUGGAGAAUAUAUUGUAAUGGGGAGUCUGCAGGGAUUUCUGUCCAUAAGAGAUCUCUAUAGCCUCAGCCUCAGCGUUUCUCCCUUAGCCAUGCGACUACCAAUUCGCUGCGUCUCCGUUACCAAAGAGUACAGCCAUAUUCUCGUGGGCCUUGAGGAUGGCAAGUUGAUUACUGUUGGUGUUGGCAAACCAGCCGAGAUGCGCGUGGGCCAGCUCUCCCGAAAGUUGUGGGGAUCGAGCAAACGGAUCAGCCAGAUUUCGUCAGGAGAGACUGAAUAUAACACUCAAGAUCCCGUGUGAUUUUUGUUCCAGCCUCCCCUUGUGGAUUCCAGAUUUUAUUUAAUCUUCCGAUCACUCCUCCCCGAUAGAUUUCUCAGAUUUUUUCCCCUCCAAUUACGUUGGAACAACAGCACAAUUUCCACAGGCUCUUAUACAAAUGUGGAAUCUGCAGUUCUCUGUCACCGUAUUAAUGUCAGAAAGCAAUAAGGAAAUUUGAUGUUUCAACAUGUAUAGUUGUAUGUAUGGUGCGUAUGUACACAUAUAUAUUUUGUGUAUGUGUGUGAAACUUAUGUGUGUACAAAUCUGUGUUUUGGUUUAUAUGCGUUGCAGUAAAUUUCAAAAAUGUGUUGGCUAUUCACACUGACAGUUCUAGUUCAGUGAAUGUCCAGAAACUUCCAAAAUCUUUGGAUGUAUGCCAAUGAAUACUGAAGUGGCUGUCAGCAUUCCUCUGUGUAUUCCUUGGAACAUUCACCAAAUUUGUAAGCGACUGUCAACACUCGUGUUAGUCAUUCACUGCAUUCUUGACAUUUACUGCAAUGUAAAGGCUAUGAUCCAUUGAGCCCAUUUACAAAUGCACAGGUAAUUGUGUGUCUCCUGUUGGACUUUGCUUCUUCUAUUUUCCCUCCAGCAAGCAAUUUUCCAUGUGAGAUUGUGCGACGUUCACAAGUGUCUUGAAAGGUGGGACACAGGGCAGUCCUUUUGCCAGAAAAGGUGGGACACAGGGCAGUCCUUUUGUUCUGAAUUCAACAGCCAUAGUCUACUGGAUCUCGACCACAUCUUAUUCUUGACACAUAAAACAGGAAAUAUCAAUUCUUCAUCUCAAAAGUUCCAGGAAGUUUAUAAUUUCAGAAUAUUAGGCUGGCAGUUGUUUAGACCUUGUAAGUUUGAGAAGCAACACUCUAUCACUUAAGAGAUAUAGUUUUCACUGCUUAGAUUAAUCAGCCUAUUGCUCCAUUUGUUAACCCCUUAUUGUCUGGUGCUGCUCAGAAUUGGUCUGAAGAUUCUGUCGCAAGUUGGGUUGGUCAAAUGUUUAAAAAGAAAUGGCAAUGUUGUAGGAGUGAAGGAAAGAUUAGAAAGAUUUGGAACAUAAGUGGCAGUUUUUUUUAAAAAAAACCCUUCGAAACUCUUCAAUUCCGCAUUAUCUCAUAGAAGAUACGGAUUGGAUUAUUUCAUGGGAUUCUGAGCAACUGCUAAAGAAAUAAAAUUUGAAGUAGAGAAUUCAGAAAGAAAUUCUGUCCACUGAUUGUAUAUGCAGCUUAGCAAGGGAAAGGCAUGUGCAAAAGCAAGUUUCUUCAUGUGAGUUGUCUUUCUGAGGGCUUGAUUGAACACAGUUUUUUUUCUGAGAAUACCACUGGGUUAGUUUGAGUGAUGUGUUCUGGUAUUUUAUGCCUCUUAGGCAGGUGUGAGCCCAAUUAAGAUUGGAACCAAUGGGCACAGGGGAUGAGACCAGCGGUGGAAGAUCUGACCUAUUUCAAAUUAGGAAAUGGUUUCUGGGGGAGGUGGGGGUUCUAAACUGCCCCUCUCUACCCACACCCUAGUCCUGAUCUGAAUUGGGCCCCCACGUGCUUACAAAGUGCAGAAGUCCAGAAUACUUCUCUUAACUUGGCCUCGGGGAAAUGUAACAUGCAGUUCUAGUAAGAGGCCAGUGGGUAGGUUUUAUCCAGCACGUAGGUGCAUGCAUGUGGUUGUUGUGUACAGUUGUUGCGUACAGUUGGUCUUUUGCCAAACCAGCUUGGGAGAAAGAGGGCUGAAUUCAAAUACACCCAUCGUGAAAAAUGAUUGUUGAAGCCAUGGUCAUUCUUGUGAUAGCUCAGGAGAGAUCCUGUCAUAGGUUUGAUCAGAUUUCUUUACAGACCAGAAAAUUUCUGAAUUAGCUGGGCCUUGCCUGGAAGUUUUGUGUUAUUAAGUCCAAAGUUGUAGGGUUAUUCUUUCUUUCCUUUACUCCCCCCCCC